AUGGAGGUCGGGGGGCGGGAAGUCGAUUGGGCUUCCUCUUCGCAGGCCAGAACAAGGGAGACCAUGGUGAGCGCGCGCGGCGGGGAAGGGGGCGCCCCGCGAGGGAAGGGGGCUCCGGGCGGGGGACCGGGCGGGCGGGCGGCCCUCCUGGGUCUCGCCUUGGGCUGCUUCGGAGGAGGAGGGAGCUCUCCGCCAGGCAGCCCCGCUCACCUUUCCUUCUGUCCUUCGCCCCCCAGGAUGAAUUUUCUGAUCCCGACCUGGCUGUUCUGGGUGAGGAGUCCAAAUCGGAGAAUGGAGAAAAUGCCCCCGUCUACUGCAUCUGCCGCAAACCGGAUAUCAACUGUUUCAUGAUGUGAGUCCCCGAGGAGCUGCGAGGGGCGGAAGGGACAGGCUUGGCUGAGGGAUGGAUUGCUCGUGGGCUGCGCGGUGCCUCGCCUCUGCACGCUGGACGGGGAGGGGGGGGACUGCUCUGGGUCCUGUUCAGCUGUAGCUGCUUGAAGGUGGUAGAUCUUGAGGAGCAGUGUGGGGCGGUCAGAGCGAAGGGUAUUCUUUCUGAAGCCUGCAGUUGUGUCGAAAAAGGAGCUUACUGGGAGGGUAUGCAGAAAGUUGUAUUGUUCUGAAACCUGGCUGCCAAGAAGCUGAGUUAGGGAAUCCUCACCUUUCCCUUUCUUUGCCCCCCUCCCCAUCCCAGAGGCUGCGAUCACUGCAACGAAUGGUUCCAUGGCCACUGCAUUAACAUUACUGAGAAGAUGGCAAAGGCCAUACGGGAAUGGUACUGCAUGCAGUGCCGAGGUGAGUUUACAAACAAGAUAGUAUUGAGACUGGGCUAGUCCCUGCAUAACUGGCAAAGUCCUGUGUUUGGGUCCUUCAGAUAGUGUAUUAGAAACGUGGAAUGCCUUGAUUUUGCUUGCAAAGCUAUACAUUUAUUAUUGUCACUGAUGUUUGCAAAUAUGAUGGGGAAAUGCUGCAGAAUCUGGAAUGGAGGUAAGUAAAAAGAAGCUUACUUUGUUGGAAGCAAUCUGAGCUUGAAUAGACUGUCUUUUUGCAGCCUGGCUCUUCUUGUAAAACAUUUUAAGAGUGAUAAUUUCUUAUUAAGGUUAUUGUAAAAUAAGUGCAACGUGGCUAUAAACUGUAGCUUGCCAUGUGCCUUUUUUAUUAAUUGACAGCUGAAGGAUUUUUUUCAAAAAAAGUUUUUAUUAAUUUUUCCAAAUUAUUACAAAUCAAACCAAAUUAAAUUAGUUUAAUACAGUUUCUUAAAACCAGGUUUCCCGCUCCUGUUCUGAACAUAUGAUCAUCACCAUUUCCUCUUAUUUAGAGUCCAGUUGAUAUCCUUCACUUGCCGUUAAACCAUUCUCCCAGCUGGCUGCUUUUUUCACCUUACAAACAGCACCUCUGUUAAAUCUUAUAAAUAAACAGUCCAUUUCACGUGUGUAUAUACAUUGUUGUUCCAGACCUGGUGUGCUGGGAGAGUUAAUUAUUAUCUUCCAUUGUUCAGUUCUUUGCAGUGUUUAUCUGGAUGGUGCUAGGUCACAUUAUAUUCCUUUUUUUUUUAUUAAAGAUAUUUAUUAAAAGUUUAAUAGUUACAGAAAAAAGAAGAAAGAAACAAUAAAAAGUUCACAAUACAUCAAAAAUAAAGAAAAAGAACACUACAAUAAAACAACAAGAAAAGCAAAAACAUUUUUAAAAAAACACAUCCAAUAUCUCUAUCUCUCUACCUUUCAUUUACAUGUAUCAUCGACCUCCUCACACCUCCCUUUUUUGUAUUCUUGUUCAAUUAGCUUUUUCAUCAAAUCCUUUCCAUCUUUCUUAAUUUUUUUUCUAUAAUUUAUCUUAACACAAUCUAACCUUAAAUUUCCACUUUGACCCAUUAACAAUCUAUUUUUACUUAAUUCUUUAUAACAUUUCUGCUAAGGCCAUAUAACUUCAUUCCAGCAUCCUUCUAACAUUCAUUAAUUUUACAAUAUUUCUGUAAAUAAACUUUAAAUUUUUUCCAAUCUUCUUCCACCGACUCUUCUCCCUGGUCUUGGAUUCUGCCAGUCAUUUCUGCCAACUCCAUGUAGUCCAUCAGCUUCAUCUGCCAUUCUUCCCGGGUGGGUAGAUCUUGUGUCUUCCAGUACUUUGCAAUGAGUAUUCUUGCUGCUGUUGUAGCAUACAUAAAGAAAGUUCUAUCCUUCUUUGGCACCAAUUGGCCGACCAUGCCCAGGAGAAAGGCCUCUGGUUUCUUGAGGAAGGUAUAUUUAAAUACCUUUUUCAUUUCAUUAUAAAUCAUCUCCCAGAAGUUCUUAAUCCUUGGGCAUGUCCACCAAAGGUGAAAGAAUGUACCUUCAGUCUCAUUACAUUUCCAGCAUUUAUUAUCAGGCAAAUGGUAGAUUUUUGCAAGCUUGACUGGUGUUAUGUACCACCUAUAAAUCAUUUUCAUUAAAUUCUCUCUUAAGGCAUUACAUGCCGUAAACUUCAUACCUGUGGUCCAUAACUGUUCCCAGUCAGCCAUCAUAAUGUUAUGACCAACAUCUUGUGCCCAUUUAAUCAUAGCAGAUUUCACCGUUUCAUCCUGAGUAUUCCAUUUCAACAGCAAGUUUUACAUUCUUGACAGAUUCUUAACUUUAGGGUCUAGCAAUUCUGUUUCCAGUUUUGAUUUUUUCCACCUGGAAGCCUAGUUUUUUAUCCAAAUUAUAUGCCUCCAUUAUUUGAUAAUAGUGGAGCCAGUCUCGCACUCUGUUUUUUAAUUUUUCAAAACUCUGCAGUUUUAAUCUGUCUCCCUCUUGUUCCAGAAUUUCCCAAUACUUCGGCCAUUUGGCCUCCAUAUUGAGUUUUUUCUGAGCCUUUGCUUCCAUUGGUGACAACCAUCUCGGGGUUUUAUUUUCUAACAAGUCUUUAUAUCUUAUCCAGACAUUAAACAGUGUUUUCCUGACAAUAUGGUUUUUAAACGCUUUGUGUUCUUUAACCUUAUCAUACCACAGAUAAGCAUGCCAACCAAAUACAUUGUUAAAACCUUCCAAAUCCAAGACAUCAGUGUUUUCAAGAAGCAUCCAUUCUCUCAGCCAAAAAAAAGCAGCUGAUUCAUAAUAAAGUUUGAGGUCUGGCAGGGCAAAUCCACCUCUUUCUUUAGCAUCAGUUAAUAUCUUAAAUUUUAUACGAGGCUUCUUGCCCUGCCAGACAAAUCUAGAGAUAUCUCUCUGCCACUUCUUGAAGCAGUCCAUUUUGUCCAAAAUUUGCAAUGUUUGAAACAAAAACAGCAUUCUUGGCAAUACAUUCAUUUUUAUCACAGCAAUUCGGCCUAACAACGAUAACUUCAAAUUUGACCAUAUUUCUAAAUCCUUUUUCACUUCAAUCCAACAUUUUUCAUAGUUAUCCUUAAAUAAAUUCACGUUCUUAGCAGUCAUGUUAACCCCUAGAUAUUUCGCUUUCUUAACCAGUGUUAAUCCUGUCUCCUUCUGAAACUUAUCUCUCUCAAUCUCAGUUACAUUUUUCUCUAAAACCUUAGUUUUCGUCUUGUUCAACUUAAAACCUGACCAAAUUCUUGAAUCGGUUCCAGUACCCUUUUAGUGCUAGAUUCUGGCUCCUGUAGAGUCAAUACCAAAUCAUCAGCAAAUGCUUUCAAUUUGUACUGUUUGGCUCCCACUUGUAUACCUUUUACCAAUUGGUCCCUUCUAAUCAUAUUUAGCAAAACCUCCAGGACUGAUAUAAAAAGCAAUGGAGAGAUUGGGCAACCUUGUUGUGUUCCUUUCUCAAUCUUAAAUUCUUCUGUCACUAUGUUAUUCACAAUUAAUUUAGCCUUCUGUUCUGAAUAAAUUGCACCUAUACCAUUUCCAAAACCUUGACCAACCCCCAUCCCCUGUAAAUUCUUCUUCAUAAAACUCCAAGAAAUGUUGUCAAAGGCUUUCUCCGCGUCCACAAAUAUCAAAACUGCUUUAGUAUUGAUCUUCACGUGUAGUUUUUCUAAGAUAUUAAUUAUAUUCCUCGUAUUGUCAGACAAGUGUCUGCCCGGGAGAAAACCUGCUUGAUCUUUGUGAAUUUCUUCUGCUAACACCUUUUUUAAUCUUCUAUAGCCAAAAUAUCUGCAAAAAUUUUAUAAUCCACAUUAAGCAGUGAUAUGGGGCGGUAGUUCUUAAGCUGUGUCUUUUCAGUCUCUAUUUUCGGUAUAAGUGUAAUAUAUGCUUCCUUCCACGACUCUGGUGCCUUUUUCCCUUCCAGUAUUUCAUUACAGACUUCCUUUAAAGGUUGUAUUAACCAUUCUUUCAGAGAUCUGUAGUAUCUUGAAGUCAAACCAUUCGGUCCUGGGGAUUUACCCAAUUGCAUGUUCUGAAUGGCCCCUUCUACUUCCUGUUCCGUUAUUUUAUAAUUCAGCAUUAACUUAUAUUCCUGGGAAAUUUUUUGUAGUCCAUUCAUUUUCAAAAAUUUAUCAAUGUCCAUUUCUUUCUGCGUCUCCUGUGUAUAUAGUUUUUUGAAAUACCUCUGGAAGCACUUUCUAAUUUCCACUGGAUUCUGUAUAUUCUUUCCUUCCACUUCUAAAUUCGUAAUAGUAUUAAGUUUUUGUCUUUUUUUCAUUUGCCAAGCCAACAGUUUUCCACACUUAUUUGCCGAUUCAAAUGUCUUUUGUCUCAUCUGUUUAAUCUUCCGUUCUAUUUCCUGAUUCAUCAUUUUCAUAUAUUGUACUUGAUAUAACUUUAUCUCUUUCAAAAUCUCCUGCGACUUUGGUUUCACCCUCAAUUUCUUCUCCCCUUCCUUUAUUUUUUCCAGGAUUUUGUCUUUUUUCUCAUUUUGAAUUCUCUUCUUAAUUGCAUUCUGUUGUAUCAAAAAUCCUCUCAUGACCGCUUUGCUUGCAUCCCAAAUUACUCUUUUUUCCACAGUAGUGUUCAUAUUUAUCUCAUAAUAGUCUCUCAAAGUUUUUUGGGCCUUCUUAGUGAAUUCUUCAUUCCUAAACAAAGUAUCAUUAAUCCUCCAUCUAAAGGAACCAAUUGGCGUCAAUUUCAUUUCCAUCUUCACGGCAUUAUGGUCGGAGCAGAUUUUGGGGCAGAUUUCCACUUUACUAGUUUUCGGAGCCAGUCCUCUGGUUACCCAAAUUUGGUCAAUUCUUGUCCAUGUCAUUUUAGCCUCAGAGAAGAAGGUUCCCUCUCUUCCCAGUAGGUCACAUUAUAUUCCUUCCACUGUUUACGGACUAGCGUACGAGCUGCAAACAUAAAAAACUCAUAGAAUGAAUAUCCAGACUCCGGCAUUAAAAUUCCGCUCUGGAGUUCUUCCUCGGCACACAGUUAAAAGUAAGAUCUUUUCUCAAAUUCAGUCUCUUUACUACACCUGUUUGGCAGCAGUUCAUUCUCCCCCCACCCACUUAAUUCCUCCAACAGCAGUUCAGGAAUAAUUUUAAAUAAAGUCCAUUCAUCCUUGGUUGGGGAGGAGGGCAUUAUAAAACUUUGUUAAAUUUUUUUGUUGAGCAUAAAUCAAAAGCCUCCCCCCUCUUUUCCGAAGUAACAAACAAAAUAACAGCUGCGGCUACACACGUCCUUUUCAUUAUGCAGGGGAGGAUAGGAAAAAAGAAGACAAUUUGAAAACCACAAGAAAGCACAAAGCACCUUGUCCUCCCCUUCUUUUCCCGGCUGUUAAGGGUUCUCAAGCUUCAAAGAAAACAUUCAGAUACCUUCAAAGAGCCAAAGUCCAGACCUUUCGGCAGCUGACUGAUCGCUGGCCAUUAGCAUAUGUCGGUUCAGGAGUGCCUCUCAAUUAAUGCCAAUUGUCCAAAUUAUGGAGGAACCAGCCACAAAUCAUGCUGGAGAUGGAGGCUCGUCCAUGCCGCUCUGCCUUUCAAGUUGGCAGACACGGGCUUGGCGGCACAGUGGGAUGCAGUGAGCUCCCCAGACCCAACUGGGGAACAUUGCAAGGAUUUUUGCCUCAUAAAUCCUGGUUUUCCCCUGCCUGAAUCUCCUCGCUGCCUGUGGAGGGCAGCAAGCAGCUACUGCCAGUGACUCAUGAUGUAGCCAGAAACCGAAGUAACCACUGGAGUUAAUUUGUUAAAGUUUUAUACCCUGAUCUCCCUCCGUGUAGUUCAGUAUAUCAUACACAAGACUUUUUUCAAACUACUUGCUGGUCCAGGCCAACUUAGAUUCAGAGAAAGGACUACAUCUGCCUGUAUUUGCCCACUACUCUCUGGUCCAAGAGUUGAACCAUGUGGGUUCUCUUAGCUAAUUUUCCUUUCUGCUCUACAGAGAGAGACCCAACCCUUGAGAUCCGGUACAGGCACAAAAAGUCCAAGGAGAAGGAUCGUGAGGGUGAACGGGAACGUGCCGAGAAGGACGAGCUGCGUGCGAAGGCCCAAGAACUGGCAUUAGAGCAGAGUCGCAGCUCAAAAGUAAGUGUUUUAGCAGUGAAAGGGAGCAGAGUUCAGUCACACCUGUGCAGGGCCUGGCAUUCCAACUCCAGAAUGUUGAGUGUUUGGGUUCAGAACUGUGGGGCAACUGCCUACUCCCAACAGUCAUUGUUUGACUGUUUCAUGUAGUACAGGUAAAUGCUCCUGUCCAGCUUUUUGCCUCCUUUGUCUGUUCUUGAUUGGAAGCAUGAAGGUGAAAUCAUUAUAGAAGACCAUGGGGCUGUAGCAAACGGUGUGUGGACUUCAAGCCAUUCCUUAGAGAUUUUUGGUGUAUUUGCUGUAAUAGCUGCUUCAGACUUCUUUGGGACGUUCACUUGCUGUAAUAACUAAGCAGCAUUCAUUUUGCGGCAAAUAUUCCAAGAGAUUGGUUACCAUCUCUUUAUGCCUAAUCUCCAACACAUCUCCCCCCCAAUCUGCUUUCCUCUGGCUGAAUCCUUUUAUUCAGAGCUGGUUAUCAAGCUAAAGCACUUGCUUCCAAUAGAGGCUAGAACCCAGGAUUUGUGGGGUCUUGAUCGGCACUAACGGAUAAUUUUACUACUCAUUUAUAUAGUUCAUUUAUGAACUGCUUCCCAUGAGGCAUCACAAAGCAAUUUGCAUUAUUUUAAAAACAUACAUAAAACAUUUACAUAUACAAUUACAUAUAUAAUUUUAGAAUUUCCUCUGAUUGCUGCAGUUCACCUGCUUGGAGAAGGCAGUCUGGAGUUUCUUUGUUCAUUAUAAUUAUUAUUUAUAUACUGCUUUUCUGAGAGAAAAUAUUAGAGUGGUGUACAAAAUUCAAAGCAUUAAUACAAUCAAUCCAUAAAACUAUAACACAAGAAUCUAAAAAUUUAGUGAACAGUGGCAUGGGACUAUAAUAGCGUUUUAAGACAGCACAUAUUAAAUGCUGGGGGAAUGUAUGCCCCCCCCUUCCAUCCUGCUGCUCUCCUGUCAGUAUUUCUUUGGACCUUGAAAUGUUUUGUACAGGACUGGGGUGCCAGGUAGCAGUGUUAUGGGCAAGCGAGCAAGCAUGUUCGCACAGAGAGCCCGGUUGCAAGUAGGCAUUGCAGCUCUCUAGUAACAGGCCCUGGAUGUUCACUUGGAAAGCCUACAAAUAUGGUGCAGUUAAAAUGAUCAUUUGGCUCUGCAUAAACAUUUUCACAUCUGAUAUCCUGUUUAGGUCAGGGGUGGGGAGCCUGUGACCCUCCAGAUGUUGAAUUCUGACUCCUAUCAUAGCUGACCAUUGGCCAUGCUGACUGGGGGGAAUGGGAGUCCAGCAACACGUUCCCCAGCAAGGAUUUAAGUCACGUAUAGUUGUUGCCUCAACCUAUUUCCCCUCCUGCCUAGAUAAUAAUGCAUAGCGUUAGCUUGUUUGGAUUCUUAUGUGAUGAACCCUGAAGGUUAAAUACGCACAUUGAUGAGAGCCACUUGUUUUAAAAGCAGGCAGGUUAAGGUUGCAAUCCUGUACUCACCUGGAAAUAGGCCCCUUUGUACUAAGUGGGGUUUUCUUCUGAGUAUGGGAUUGUGCUGUAGUAUAAUAUAUGUUUAUCAGUAUACGAUUUGUUGUGUAUACGUGUCUAUCAGCCACAAUAGCUGAAUGGAAUCUCCAUGGACAGAAGGCAAUAUACUUCCUGAUGAAUGCAUGCUGUGAAUAAACAAUAGUGGAAGGCCAUUCCACUCCUACUCUGCUUGUGAACUUCCUGUGGCAUCUGGCUAGCUGCUGGAGAUAGAAAUGCUGCACUGGAAUAGCAGGGAUCCCAGCAGGGAUCUUCUUAUAUUCUUUGAUGCUUUCUUAUAACGUUGCUGAUAAUUGAGGUUUCUGGAUGAUGUGAGGAAGGAAAGGGAGUACUUAAGCUCAUUUGCAGGUUUCAUGGCUGGCAGUAUCUGGCUCUAUAAAUCUGAGGCAUGUUUGAUAGAUCUGAGUAAGUAAGUAGUAACUACCACCUCGUGCCCAAGUUAAGGACAUUGCUGUGGAUCCCUCAGGUUCCUGUGGCCAGGAGUGCUUUUCCUCUUGUUGAGAAAAGGGGAACCCUCAGUUUCACCAUUUGAUCUUUGUGACAAUUUGGGCUGUCUCAGCUGUGCUGGAAUAUUUUAACAUGCUCCAUAUGGAUCUUGCUCUCUUGUCUUGCUCUCUGAUAUGUAUGCCAUAUCAAACACUUUGGAGGAAGAUCAGGUUACAAAAUUUUAACAAAUAACUCCAGCGAUCCCUCUAGAUAGCCUCUACAUACUCAUCUCUCCCCACUUCCUUUCAUUUUUAAAAAUCAGCAGCAGAUCAAGCGCUCAGCACGCAUGUGCGGUGAAUGCGAGGCCUGCAGGCGCACAGAGGACUGUGGACAGUGUGAUUUCUGCCGUGACAUGAAGAAAUUUGGGGGCCCCAACAAAAUCCGCCAGAAGUGCCGGCUGAGGCAGUGCCAGGUUCGGGCUCGGGUGAGUAUUCCGGUGGGCGCUUUCUGCCCAGAGAUCAUUGCAUGUUUUUCUCUGUGGGUCACUUUCUUGGCUGCUCCACCCCAGAGGAGCAGCCACCUCAAAUUCAAGCUGUUGAUUUGUGUGUAGCUCACACGUGAUUUUUGUUUCCCGUUCUUUUCUUCCUAGGAGUCCUAUAAAUAUUUUCCAGCUUCGGUAAGUUUCCUUUUUCCCUCCAGUUUUUUUUCUUUCUUUUUUUUCUUUUUCAUUAAAAACGGGACCUAAAAUAGUUGAGUGUUCAGUUGGGACUCCUGGUUUUCCCCCCCUAGAUAGGGGAAGCAGAAUGAGACCUGGUCUAUGCACACAGCAAAAUAAGGUGGAAAAAAAUCUGGGAGUGGUUGAGUGGACUGUGCUGCUUCAGAUUGCAGAUGGAGUACAUGUAGAACAAAAAAAUCUCCCUUCUGGAAGGAAUGUAGCAUAGCAGGGAGAAAAUGUAUGAUCUGGCUUACUCCAUGUUGAUUUUAUCCCCCUUGCAGGGUGUAUUCAAAAAGGAUAGCCAUAAAUAUAUAUUAAAAGAUAACCCUCACCUGUCUUGAAGUGAGAUGGUCCAUUAUGCCACAUCAUUUCCACCUUGUUCUGCUCUAUGUUCGGAUGCAGCCUGAUAGUUAGUGGGGUGUAGUUGGCAGUGCAUUCCUGUACAUGUUUACUUGGAAGUAAGGUCCUGCUGAGUUCAGUUGGGCUUAACUGCAAGGAAAGUGAAUGUAGGAUUGCAAUCUCAGAGUCCAGUUUGGAUGCAUUCUCAAUUGCAGGUUUUUUUGUUGGACACUUCAGCCCUGCUUUUUUUUGAAAUGACUGAGCUUCUUCUCCUCUCUUACUGAUUUUGGGAAAUAAGCGGGUGUUGGGAUUCUCUCUCUCUCUUUUUCUCUAUAUUUCUGCUUCUCACGCUUUGCUGCUUUGAUCUUCAGUGAGUUCUGUUUUCUGUUCACCAAAGCUGUGCUCAGGAAGGGAGGGGUGUGCUCACGUCUGUGCUGUUUCAAUGCAUUAUGCUUUUGAAGCCAGAUAGAUGGCUUCUUUAAUGCUUUCCUCUCUUUCUUCUUUUCUCCUUUUUCUCUCACUGCUUUCCCCUCCCUCUCCCACCCCCACUUACCCUAAUGCUCAAUAGAUGUUACGGGGGCGGGAGGAUGAUCUGCAGAUGCUAAAGGAACAGCUAGAAUCGGCUGCCACACCUGAACCCCUGUCGGAUGACGAUCUGCACAUAGAUCCCGAUUUGUAUCAGGAGCUUUGUUCAGGGGCCUUCGAUGACCAGAACCUGGUGAGACCUGUGCUGGACCUGUUCCCUUGGGAUUCCUUGGUCGAGUUGGCAGGGCUCAUGCAUACUGAUGUCAAAAAGCUGUGUCCUAGGACAGGAUGUGUUCUGGGUUGCCUCUUUCUUGCCCCGCAUCAUCUCUUAUUCUGUGUUCUGAAAUUACUCAAAUCAAGUACGCUGGAGAAAUAUAGCCAAAAAACAUGGCUAAAUGGUUCCCUGCUUAUCCACUUUCAACUAUUCCUAGAGCACAGUAUAUGAAAUCUAUCCUCAGGUCUGCUUUUUGUUGCUGCUUCUGUGGCUCACCUUGUUUCCUCAUUUUAAGUCAUCUUUCCCUCAGGUCUCUAAACUCUCUAGCCCUUUUCCUCUUGAGUGUUUACUAUUUAGCUGACUGCUUACACAGGCCCUCUUCUUGCUCUUGAUUCCCAGCCCCUUUGCUUCUUUGCUUCCCAGAACCUCUUACUUAACAACAUAUAGGUCUGCCUGUGGAACUUCCAUUCCUUUUUAAAAAAGCCAAAUUUUAAUUAUUUUCUUUCAUAAAGAAAUAUUUUUAGAUUUAAAAAAAUAAAUAAAAAAACUGAGAGAAAGAGAACAGAAAACACCAAAGGAAAAGCAAAGAAAAACAACAACAAGAAGGAAAAAAACUUUCUGAUUUCCCACCAUUUGAAUAAAAGAAAUUAUUCAAAAUAUUCACUCUAAAAUGACACCCAACUGAUCUGCAUUCUGUUAGGCAAUAUUUUCCAGUCUUUUGACCCAAAUAGAUUAAUUCAUUUUCAUUUUUACACAAAAAGUCCAAAAGGGGAUCACUAAUUAUUAUUAAUGAAUGUCAUCAAUUUGCUGUGGAUAUCCAUCUUGAUUUUUUUUCAAAAACGAUCUCUUCCAGCUAUGUUUCUUCCAUUCUUUUUCUAGGAAAAGCACUGGAGGCCUGAUAGCUUUUUCCUCUGAAUUCACAUCAAGUUGUACACAGAGUAUUUUCUCUCUCAACUCUUACUUCUGUCAGCUCAGGGUGUCACUUCAUCUCUCCACCCAUGGCUUCAUUCCAUUCCUCCAACAUUGCAACUCUCCCAUUUGGCUAUUUCAUUCCUCCAAGCACCUGUGUGUAAGACUUCCAUUUCACCGUCUGUUGCCUCCAACUCUACCAUUUCACCCUCCUGUUCUGGCAAUCCUUUAUCCAUAUUCUAUUCUGAAGUCUCUGUAUCCUCUUGGAUUCCACUUUCCAUUUCAUCCUUCUAUGGACCACUUUCAUUCACUAUUUCAUCAGUCUUAGCUCUAAUCAUUUUUAUUUGCUCUUCAAACAUUUGCUGAAGGUUGUCAACAGUCAAUGGAACGUCCAGUGAUGUAUUUGUCAUACUGAAUGUUCUUGAUCCUAGUAACAAUUCAGUCUCCACCUUAAGAUCUUCAAUCUUCCUUAUCCAACUUAAGAUCUUCACAGCGUUAUUUCUUAUCAAAACACAAUCCUUUCCCAUAGAUGAAAUAUGAAGUAGCAAAAUUCCAUUUCAAAGCAAUACUUUCGUAAGGAUAACAGAGUACUAAACAUAAAGAAAAUAGGGAUCCUAGCACUCAGAACUCCCUUGAUUUUUUAAAACUAUUGGUUCUAACAAUUAGAGCAUACUUGUUUUAUCUUCAGCCCUCAAACGAUCAACUCUUCUUAAAGUCGGAAAUUAGCUCACACACCAGAUGUAAAUUUCAACCAGCAAAUGGAGAAACCCCUUUUAGUCUUAAAGGAAGGCUUUGCAGACCCAAUGCCCUGAGCCCUCUUACAUGGCUUUUGGGCAAGAUGCUGAUUCCUUCGCUCUAAGUCAUUCAGCCCCACCUGUAUUUCCAGGAGCUGACAGCUUCUAAGUCUCCCAACAAUUUCUCUCACAGAAGCUGUACUGUUGAUUAAUGUUCUACUGCUGACAACCCCCGCCCCCAGCAGUUGGGAUGUUUGGGUUGUAUCCACCAUGGUAGCUCUGUUUGUGCAACAAACUUCCACAUGUGGUAUGGAAUUUUCCUUGCUGCCCCCCCCCCCCGGAAAUCUCCAGGAGGCUGGGAGACCUUUGCAAGUAGAUUUUGGGAAUGCGUGGGGAGAGGAGGGAAGGGGAAAUCUGUUACACAAGCAGAACUCUGUGUGCUUCUCACUGAAUAUACCGUAUUUUUUGCCCUAUAGGACACAAUUUUUCCCCUCCAAAAAUGAAGGGGAAAUCUGUGUGCGUCCUAUGGGGCGAAUGCAGGCUUUCACUGAAGCUUGGAGAGCGAGAGGGGUCGUGUUUCCUGCUUGGCAGGUGGUUGAACUCGAUGGCCCUUGUGGUCUAUUCCAACUCUAUGAUUCUAUGAUUCUAUGACCCCACUCGCUCUCCAGGCUUCAGGAAGCUAUCAGCAAGCCUGGGGAGCCUGCAGGAGUUCCCGCAGGGCUCCCUAGGCUGCGGAUAGCAGCCUGCUGCCCGGAGCGCGGGGCGCGCUGAAGCCGCGGCUGGGGGGGGGAUGAUAAUAUUUUUUCUUUAUUUCCCCCCAAAAAAACAAGGUGCGUCCUAUGGGCCGGAGCGUCCUAUGGGGUGAAAAAUACGGUAACCCUUUGUGAACAUUCAAAGCUGUUGCUGCUGCUUAGCUGCUUUCUAGGCAGGCAGCAGUUGCUUUUUAGCCUGCAUUUAAUUGCUAUAACUUACCUUAAGGGACGCGGGUGGCGCUGUGGGUUAAACCUCAGCGCCUAGGACUUGCCGAUCGCAUGGUCGGUGGUUCGAAUCCCCAUGGCGGGGUGCGCUCCCGCCGUUUGGUCCCAGCGCCUGCCAACCUAGCAGUUCGAAAGCACCCCCGGGUGCAAGUAGAUAAAUAGGGAUCGCUUACCAGCGGGAAGGUAAACGGCGUUCUGUGUGCUGCGCUGGCUCGCCAGAUGCAGCUUGUCACGCUGGCCACGUGACCCAGAAGUGUCUGCGGACAGCGCUGGCUCCCGGCCUCCAGAGUGAGAUGAGCGCACAACCCUAGAGUCUGUCAAGACUGGCCCGUACGGGCAGGGGUACCUUUACUUUUACCUUUACCUUUACCUUAAAUAAUCCCAAGAUCUUUUAAAAAAAAUGAAGCAAAGAUUAGGAUGGUGGAACUAAAUGGCAAUUAAGGUGGAAAGUACAUUCACCAUGGGAUAGACACCUGUGGUAUUAUAGGGCAUUGAAGACCCAAUUCUUGCUGACCAGAAGAUCUGCCAUAGAAUCAUAGAAGGGUCCCUGAGAGUCAUCUAGUCCAGGCAUGGGCAAACUCGGCCCUCCAGAUGUUUUGGGACUGCAACUCACAUGAUCCCUAGCUAACAGGACCAGUGGUCAGGGAUGAUGGGAAUUGUAGUCCCAAUACAUCUGGAGGGCUGAGUUUACCUAUGCCUGAUCUAGUCCAACCCUGUGCAAUGCACAAAUCUCAGCUAAAACAUCCAUGAUGAAUGGCUCUCCAACCUCUGCUUACAAACCUCCAAUGAAGGAGAGCCCACCACCUUCUGAGGGAGUCUGCUCCACUAUCUUAACAGAUCUUACCAUCAGAAAGUUCUACCUGGUGUUGAGUCAGAAUCUCCUGCAUCGUAACUAGAAUCCAUUGAUUCAGGUCCCCUCCUCCAGUGCAAACUUGCUCCAUCUUCCCUGUGAAAGUUAUUUAGAUACUUGAAGAUGGCUACUAUUUCUUCUGUUUACUUGGGACUGGAUCCCAGUCAUUCUGAUACCUAGAGGUUGAGGUUGGCAAAGAAACACUUCUUCGUGGCAGAUGUCCAUAGGUGGCAGUAUAACCGUCUAUUUGAUCCAACUUAAAAAGCCCAGUACAAAGGUGACCCUCUUGCUUUGUGAAGCAUGCAAAGCCAUUAACUGUCCUACAAAGGGGGGAAACCAGAUUUGAGUUUGCAUGAUGAAGUUGUAGCAUAGAUAGCAGCUGCCAGGAAGAAAAUAAGGGUGUGAAAGGGCUGCAGCCACCAUUGCAAGCACUGGCAUAUAUGGGUUUGGCCUGGAACCUCUUAAUUCCCUCAGUGAAGGGGUUCUUCCACAAAGCUAGCUGUUAACCAGGAUGUGAAGUUCAGACUGCACACAGUUCUUUCUUGGGGGCAGGGACCAAAUGCUUUCCUGCCCUCCUUAAGCCAAACUACCCUACCAGACAACCUCCAGAUCCUUUUAGCAUGAGAAUGGGGAAGCUGUGGGCCUCUGGGUGUUGCUGAACUACAACUCCCAUCAUCCCUGACCAUUGGCCAUGUUGACUAGGGCUGGUGGGAGUUGCAGUCCGCAGGUUGUAGUAGUAGUAGUAGUCGUAAGUAGUAAUAAUGAUAAUAAAAUUUGUUGUUUAUAUGCUGCCCAUCUGACUGGGUUCCCCCAGUCACUCUGGACAACUUCCAACAAAUUAAAACACAAUACGACAUCAAACAGGACUGCCUUCAGAUGUUUUCUAAAAGUCACAUAGUUUUUAUUUCCUUCACAUCUGAUCAGAGGGUGUUCCACAGGGCGGGCACGGCCACAGAAAAGGCCCUCUACUUUUGCACAUCUAGAUUUCUUGGAGGACUCCUUUUACUUUUCUCUCUUUUCCUCUCUUAGCCGUGGCUCAGCGACACUGACGAUGCGCCCUUCCUUGAUCCUGUGUUGCGGAAACGCGCUGUGAAAGUGAAGCAUGUCAAGCGGAGGGAGAAAAAGUCUGAGAAGAAGGUAUGAUCCUAGAUGGUGGGUGGGAAAUGUCACAACUGUAAGAGUGCCAGACUUGUUUUUAGUGACCAGGCCUUUUCCCAGAGCUGCAGUUCUUUUUGGGUAUGUAACAGGACAAAAUCACACUUGUAAAAUCAGAAUAUUUGUUUAUUUAUUGAGAUUUUAAGAUGGUUUUUCACUAAGGAUCUUAAAUUGGCUUCCACAAAUUAAAACUAAAUACAAUUUUAGAUUAGAUCAUACAAUAUGAACAACACAGAACAGGCCAAACUGAAACCAUAACAACUCAACUGGAAGCCUGGGAGAAGAGUUAAGUCUUGAAUGGACAACCGAAGGCUAACAACAAUAUUGCUGUCAGCACCUCUGCGAGGAGAGAGUUCCAAAUUUAGUGCACAGUCCCUGGGAAGGAUGGUACAGCACAGUGAGCAAUACUGGGUGGCACAGCAAAUACCCCCCUCCCCCGUUGAUCCACUGUAUCAUUGUGGCCUCAGCUCCCAACCCCGGGAGCUGCUCAGGAGGCUGGGACUGAAGUAGGUCAGAUAAUCUACUUCAUUUAAGCACGCCUGAAGUUGCACAACCACAACUGUCUUGUGCACCAUGCCUAAAAUGGGGAUGUUAGCAAUUGGGCAGGAGUUAUCAAGGACCUUGGGGCCCGAGGAGGGGGGGCUCUUGAGGAGUAGGGGCACCAUCACCUUUUCCAAGAUGGUUGGGACAAGCCCUUUUUGCAAAAAAGCAUUAACUGCUCCAGCAAAGCUAAGCUCAAACAAGCCAAGGAAGGCAAGGGUCGAGAGAACAUGUCAUGAGUGGUAUUUCUUCAUACCUCUGGUCCACAUCUUCAUGUGCCAACAACUGAAACUGAUCUCAUACAACAGGGCCACAGUGGCGUUAAGGCUGGAACUACCCAGCCCUCCAACCUGUGCUAGUAUAGUCUACUCUUGCUUCCCCCAGCAUGGUGCCCUUAUGAGGUUUCAGACUACAACUCACAUCAGCCGCAGUCAUCAUUGUCAGUAGUCAGGGAAGGUGGGAGUUACAGCCCACAACAGUUGGAGAAAGGGUGUUCUACGCUGACUGGCAGUGGCCCUCCAGCAUAGGUGCCACCUUCCGAAGAAUUGGGGGGUGGGUGUGUGGCAAUGUGUGAUGUUGGAGAAGCUGGGCGCAGCAUUGCAGCAGUGGCAUGGCUUCAGUGGCUGCAACGCCUUCUGCUGCUGCCAUUGCCACUGGUCUGGCGCUGCUUCCCACCUUCUUCCCCUCCGUGGCAAGAGGAGAAGGAGCCGCGGGCAUUGAAGCUGCACUGCACUUGGCUCCAGGCUUGUCCUACUUUGGAGGAGCUGGGGCAGAGCUGAACCCCGCAGCAGCACAAGUAGCAGCACAAGCUUCCAUAGUUGUGGCUUUGGCUCCUCCUGCUGCCAUUGGCCUGGGGCUGUUUCCUGCCACCUGCCACCUUUGGACUUUGGGGUGGGGUGGGGUUGCCCCCUCCCAAAAAUAUCAGGGGGCCCCAAAGGGCUCAGCUCCUAGGAGAUGGCACCCCUGCCCUCCAGAGUCUCUGGCAAGAAGUGUUUCUCCCUAUCCCUUGCUCCUUUUAAUUGAAUAUAUCACAGAUUAAACCUGGGACCUAGUACAUGUGAAGCUGUGGUCCUGGCUUAUGCAUUUUUUAAUGUGAAAAGUAUCCAGUCAUUGCAUGGCGACACAAAAAUACAUAUGAAAGAGGAGAGUUGUUGCAUUGUGACUUGUGACAGAAGACUAAACAUAUGAAUAUAUUUACAAGAUGUUGUUUUAAUACAAUAACUAGUAUGACAACCCAUUUUGGUGAUUGCUUUAGACUUCAGUGGCUUCUGUUAGAUGAUGAUAAAACCACUGUGGUGUAGUUGCUCAGCGUUCUGGACUGUGAGCAGACAGACACAGAUUCAAACCCUCUGGAGGAAGCCCUUCCAAUCCAAGCCUGCUUCCUCAAUGGUGCAGCCAAUCCCUGCCACCUGUGGGGCUUCCACUGUGUAGAGCUCUCUUCAAGCGCUGACCAUUAAUUGAUUGCUGCUGCUGGCAGAGAGCCGUAUGCUGCACAUUAAAGCCUCAGCAAUUAGCUAAUAAUCAGGGCUUCAAAGGACUUUGCAGGCAUUGCUGAUUAGCUGAUUAGCAUUGUCUGCAACCCCGUUUUGGCCCUGGUUGGUUUGGCCAAAAGGGCCUGGUAGGCCUUAUUAAGCCUGCAGGCUGGAGAUACCUUGCAAAAGGAUAGCAAAAGGAAUAAAGGUAUCUGCCUUCCACCUCUCCUGCUAUAAUUACCAGUGGGGGGGUGUUAGGGUUAGCGAAAGGAGUGCAGGCAGCUGGCAGGUCAUUGCUGCCUGAAGUGUCAGUGUUGGAUGAAUGUACUAUUGGCUUUAUGGCCAAACUAUCCUAAUCACAGAAGUAGGAAAUAGGCGGCAGUAAAUGGGAUUGCCUGUAUUUGAAGGUCAUGAGUAAACACCGGUGUCCCUUUUGCUCUUGCAAGGGUGGGCGAAUUCUAGCCGUGUCAUCUCUGGUUCUUGCCCUGCAGAAGGAGGAGAAAUACAAACGUCACAAGCAGAAGCAAAAGCAUCGCGACCGGUCAAAGCAUGCUGAGCGGGUGGACACCAAAGACCCAUCAUCACUCCAUCAGUGCCUUGGCCCUGGCUGCAUCCAGGCUGCUCGGACUAACUCUAAGUACUGCUCGGAUGAAUGUGGCAUGAAGCUGGCAGCAAAGUAAGUGGGGGAGCCUUCCUUGGGGGGCAGCUUUAUUUCUUUUCUUAGCAUCUUUGCCCAUUCAUUGGUUUUCCAGCAUGGGUUGGGUAAUGCAGGGGUUUGUGUGGCAGGAAAGAGACUUUGGGCUUUUAAAAUGUGGACUCACUUGGGCCCUUUGGAUGCUUAACCUUGGCCUCAGCUCUUCAGCUGUCCCAAAGAAGUAAUUAUGACAUAACUGAAAGGGCGAUUGGGAGGAGGAAUGCCAUAAUGCAGUAAUGGGCAAAGUGAAUCCCGUAACAGCCUAAGCCUGGGAGCAAGUGCAUCAGUUUGAGUUGUAGGAGUUCUGGGUGGUUUUCUUAUGAGCUGAAAAUGUUCCCAUCCUGUAGGUUUGUGUUGUGCAGUGUGAUGCUGUGUGGCGCACCCUGUUACCAUCAUAUUGGCCAGUUUUCAGUUGCAUGCACCCUCUUGUCUCUGUCCUUUCCCAGCCGCAUAUAUGAGAUCCUCCCGCAGCGCAUCCAGCAGUGGCAGCAAAGUCCAUGCGUGGCGGAAGAGCAUGGCAAGAAGCUACUAGAGCGGAUACGGCGGGAGCAGCAGCAGGCCCGGCUCAAGUUACAGGAGAUGGAGCGCAAAUUCCAUGAAUUGGAGGCUGUCAUUGUCCGGGCCAAGCAGCAAGCCAUCAAAGAAGACGAAGAGGUACCUGGAAGAAGUGCAGGAGAAAGGAGCAGGCAGCCAGGCCUCCUCUCUUGGGGGGUUGCAAACAGCACCUCCUUAACCUUCCAGGGAGGACUUGGGUGCAUUAGACUAGAGCCCUUUUGCAACCUAACUGUAUACGUGUGUUUUAUUUCGUACAUUUGGGUGUAAAUUUCACAGAUAGUUGUGAACACUGACAGCAUGGGUCUGUUCCCAGAUUAAGCAGAGAACAUACCCUUAUUAUAGGUAUGCCCUACCUGUGACUGAUUCAGUGCUGGCAUGGUUGCAUGUGAGCUUGAUGCUCCAAUCCAGAGCAAUUUAUUUCUGAUGUUCUGAAGGGAUAAAGAAAAUGACAACAACUCAGACUUCCCUGGGAAUUUUAUUGCGAGGGGCAGGAUAGAAAUUCUUUUUUUUUUAUAAGAUAUUUAUUAAGGUUUUUUGAGAUAUUACAGUAAAAAUGAAAAGGAAAAGAGAAAAAUACAAAAUAAAAACAGUUAAAAACACACAUAUUUUCAGUUACUUAUUUUCAUUUAGCUUGUUUCCCGGACCUCCUCAUACCUCCCUUUUUUGUAUUCCACUUCAAUUUAUUGGUUCAGCAAAUCCUUACCAUUAGAUUUUAACCCAUUUAUAACCCUUUUUUCAUAUUCUCUUAAAGCAUUACAGCUAGAAACCGCUUAAUUACUAACCAACAUCAUUAUAUCAUUCAUUAAUUUUACAAUAUUUCUGUAAAUAGUCUUUAAAUUUCUUCCAAUCUUCUUCCACCGACUCUUCCCCCUGGUCUCGGAUUCUGCCAGUCAUUUCCGCCAAUUCCAUAUAGUCCAUCACCUUCAUCUGCCAUUCUUCCAAAGUGGGUAGAUCUUGUGUCUUCCAAUACUUUGCAAUAAGUAUUCUUGCUGCUGUUGUAGCAUACAUAAAAAAGUUCUGUCCUUCUUUGGCACCAAUUGGCCGACAAUGCCCAGAAGAAAGGCCUCUGGUUUCUUCAAGAAGGUAUAUUUAAAUACCUUUUUCAGUUCAUUAUAUAUCAUUUCCCAGAAAGCCUUAAUCCUUGGGCACGUCCACCAAAGGUGAAAGAAUGUACCUUCAGUUUCUUUACAUUUCCAGCAUUUAUUAUCGGGCAAAUGAUAGAUUUUUGCAAGCUUGACUGGGGUCAUGUACCACCUGUAUAUCAUUUUCAUAAUAUUCUCUCUUAGGGCAUUACAUGCCGUAAACUUCAUACCUGUGGUCCAUAACUGUUCCCAGUCAGCAAACAUAAUAUUAUGUCCUACGUCUUGUGCCCAUUUAAUCAUAGCAGAUUUCGCCGUUUCAUCCUGAGUAUUCCAUUUCAACAGCAAGUUAUACAUUCUUGACAAAUUCUUAGUUUUGGGUUCUAUCAGUUCUGUUUCUAGUUUUGAUUUUUCCACCUGGAAGCCAAUUUUCUUAUCCAAAUUAAUUCUUAUGAUAAAAUAAGCUAUAGUUCAGCUUGCUUUUGCCUUAUGAUUCUCAGGUUGGCAGCAUCUGCUGAUUUCAAUUGAUGCCAAAGCUUAUUUGUUUAUUUUUUUUUGUUUUUUUAAAAAAAUAAUUUUUAUUAAGGUUUCAAUAAAGAAUUAAACAAAAAAGACAUAAAAAAGAAAUACACAAAUACACAAUACAAAUCCCAGAAAAAGAGAAAAAACACAAAAAACAAAAAAACAACAAAAAAGAAGAAACAGAACAAUUAAAAACAUCACCUUUUCAUUUCCUUUUUUAAAUUUACUUAUUUUCUGGACUUCCUCAUACGUCCCUCUUUUGUAUUCCAGUCCAAAUUGUUUAUCCAGCAAUUUCUUUUCCACUUUUUUAAUCCCAGUCUUUAAUCUUAGUGUAAUAUAGCAUUAAAAUUUUACCUCUUAAGUACCAAAUUUCCCUUUCCUUUAACUUCUUUAAUCCUAAUCUUUAAUCUUGAUGUAAUAUAGCAUUAAAAUUUUACCUCUUAAGUACCAAAUUUCCAUUUCCUUAAACUUCUUUAAUCCUAAUCUUUAAUCUUAGUCUGUCUAUAAUUUUAUCCUGUACAGCUGGAAACCACUUAUUUUCAAUCCAACAUCACUCUAACAUUCUUUAAUUUUGCAAUGUUUCUGUAGGUAGUCUUUGAAUUUCUUCCAAUCUUCCUCCAUCGCCUCUUCUCCCUGGUCACGGAUUCUGCCAGUCAUUUCCGCCAGUUCCAUAUAGUCCAUCAGUUUCAUCUGCCAUUCCUCCAGCGUGGGAAGUUCUUGUGUCUUCCAAUACUUUGCGAUGAGUAUUCUUGCUGCUGUUGUUGCAUACAUAAAGAAAGUUCUAUCCUUUUUUAACACCAUUUGGCCGACUAUGCCCAGGAGAAAGGCCUCUGGUUUCUUAGGGAAGGUAUAUUUAAAUACCGUUUUUAAUUCAUUAUAUAUCAUUUCCCAGAAAGCCUUAAUCUUUGGGCACGUCCACCAAAGGUGAAAAAAUGUACCUUCAGUUUCUUUACAUUUCCAACAUUUGUUAUCGGGCAAAUGAUAGAUUUUUGCAAGCUUGACUGGGGUUAUGUACCACCUGUAUAUCAUUUUCAUAAUAUUCUCUCUUAAGGCAUUACAUGCCGUAAAUUUCAUACCUGUGGUCCACAACUGUUCCCAGUCAGCAAACAUAAUGUUAUGUCCAACGUCUUGUGCCCAUUUAAUCAUAGCCGAUUGUACCGUUUCAUCCUGAGUGUUCCAUUUCAGCAGCAAGUUAUACAUUCUUGACAAAUUCUUAGUUUUGGGUUCUAACAGUUCAGUUUCUAAUUUUGAUCUUUCCACCUGGAAGCCAAUUUUCUUGUCCAAUUUAAAUGCCUCCAUUAUCUGAUAAUAAUGAAGCCAGUCUCGCACUUUGUUUUUUAAUUUUUCAAAACUCUGCAAUUUCAGUCUAUCUCCAUCUUGUUCCAAAAUUUCCCAAUAUUUCGGCCAUUUGACCUCCAUAUUGACCUUUUUCAAGGCUUUCACUUCCAUUGGUGACAGCCACCUUGGGGUUUUGUUUUCUAAUAAAUCCUUAUCCAAACAUUAAACAGCGCUUUCCUGACAAUGUGGUUUUUGAAUGCUUUAUGUGCUUUGACCUUAUCAUACCAUAAGUAUGCAUGCCAUCAAAGCUUACUUGUUUAAUCCCUGGUGUGACCAAGCGUUAGGAUCUGCAUUAGGCAUUACAACACAUUCGGGUGAAAACAAAGCAGCAGCAGUAGUAGUAAUAAUAAAAAAAUUAUAUUUGUACCCCGCCUAUCUGGCUGGGUUUCCUCCAAUAUUGUUCUUUGCUAGGAGCAGUGGCGUAAGGUGUUGAAAUGUUCUUGAGCACACAGCAGGGCACCCAUCCCUUUAUUUAUUAAGUGCUUCCUAAAUGUUUUAGUACUGUAGCUUACCUGGAACUGCAGAAACUGGGGGUGGGAUUUUCAGGUGUCUGGCUGAGGGGGGUUUGCCUUGGUGGGUUAUAAGUUCUGCAGGCUUGCUCAGAACUUCCUCAUGGAGUUGUAGGGUGGAAUGCUGUUUGCUUUAAAAAUCUGACCACUAAAUCCUGACACCUGCUUGCCUCUUUCCUCUGCCACAGACCAGUGAAGGAGACAGUGACGACACAGACUUGCAGAUAUUCUGUGUCUCCUGCGGCCACCCCAUCAACCCCAAGGUGGCGCUGCGGCACAUGGAGCGGUGCUAUGCCAAGGUUAGCUGCCUGUCUUCUCUGCGCUGGGUAACCUUGGUGUUGGGCUUCAGGGGCCUGUGUUUGAAUUGAGACGCUGCUAUCCCGCCUCUGAAACAGGGAUCUUUGUGGCAUACCUGAAACUGGGUUAAAAAAAAGGUUUGGUAGACGUGGUAGGUAACCCCAGGAUGUGGAAAAGUCUUAGCCAAAGAGCCUCCUCUGCUGGAUUGUGGAGCAGCUUUCUAAUUUGCUCCAUCAGUGGAUCAAGGGAGAUUACUGUCCUUUAACAUUUGUCAAGCAGCUAUAGACAGAGCUGCAUGGAAAAAACCAAUGCAAAUUCUGUACAAAGAACAAUUGAGUUCAGGAAGCUGAAUAAAUAACUUACAUUUUUAAGAACUAACUUCUACACCCCCCCAAAUGUAUAUGAAAAUAUUUCUGAAUAAAGGGUGGUAUUGAAAUGCAAUACACUGUUCACUGUAGCUUGACCUCUCCCAUAUUUAACCUAUUAUCUGCAUAGCUGAUGUUUUGGGAACUGCUGGCCACAUGAUAUUUUGGCUACCAUAAAUAGUUUUAGCCAAUGUAUUGCAUAAAUAUGUUGGGAUAUUUCUGUUGAUGGCUAGAUGCCUUGGAAACGAGCUCGGCUUCUAUAGUCAGAGCCUGGAACUCGGGGGCUACCUAUCAUUUCUGCACCAGCCCUGCCCACCUGUCAUAGUGGGGCUUGGAAGUCCACUGGAUUUCUAGCUCACUGGCCUGUAGGUUAAGAGCUAGUUGAACUUAGGUGGAGGAUCUUUUCUUCACUUGAUGGUGCUUUUAAUGUUUGUUCUGCUGUGACUUCAUGGCUGUGUUUUUCUCUUCUGUCUGUCUCCCCCCAUCCCCCGCAGUACGAGAGCCAGACAUCCUUUGGGUCUAUGUAUCCAACACGUAUUGAAGGGUAAGCUACCUGCCCAACUCUCAAGUUCCUUUUCGUUAUGGGCUGUUCACCAAACCCUCCUCACCAGGUUGCAUGCCACUGGUGCCAUCUGUUAUGCAGUUCUGCUCCUUUGUUACAUAGUUACCCUGAUGGGAACAAGAAGCUGUGAAGAAAUGCAAUGGCCCUUUCCAAACCCAGUACUGUCCACUGGGUGGAAAUCUAGUUUUUGCCAAUACAUAUUUAAUGUUUGUAGCUGUAGGCCAUUGCAAGAGUCGGAAUCCAUAGCUUCCUUUCCACUCCCAGAACAAUGUGAGACUUUUGCAUCUCACUUACGGAACAAGGGAAUCCUAGUGCCUUAUGUCAACAGUACUGGGUGCCCACCUCCAUGCUCACUUUCUUUUUAUGAAAGGUGGAUGGGCAUAAAUGGUUUUUAAAAGUGUACCCCAUGUUGCUAGUUGGUAUUAGUGCAAAGAAAAGGGUGCUUGGAGUAUGUAAUCUUGAAUUUGAUGUCUGUCUGAGCUGCUUAUGAAUGAAUGAAUGAAUGGUGGCUUUUGUCUGCUCGGUAACUUGGAAAGAAACUGACAGCCCUCACUUUACUCCUACAUGAGCAGGUACAUGGGAGAGAGUGGAUUAAAAGGAUUGGCUUGUCAAGAUAGACACCAUGCUUCAGCCUAAACAGGUAGCAGGCUAGGAGGCCCAGUUCUCACUGAGGUAUUAUUAAAGGGGUGUGGGAUCUACCAAUAGAUGUUAGGUGGGGCUUAGGGGGCGGGGAAAAUAAAACUCCUUCAUGUAGAAAACUAAAUGUCAAGAAGGAAUGGGUCCUUUUACUGACAUCUAGUUUUUUUGUUUGGGGAAUUGACCCCCUUUAGUGGGCAUGUGAAUCUCUAACUGUAGACUGAAAUUGUGUAGUUCAGGCCACCUUGGUUUCCCAUAGGAAUCCGAUUGGCCACUGUGAGAACAGGAUCCUGGACUAGAUGGGCCAUUGACCUGAUUCAGCACAGCGCUUCUUGGGUUCUUAUAAAUUGGGUCCUAAUACUGUCUUUAAACUCAGCAACAUCUUCAUUUCAAUGGUCUUCCUAAAUAGCUUGGUCCACUGCUGACUUUUACGAGUUAUGAAGGGGUUGCUGUGUGCAUUCCCACAUAUUGGUUUUGGGCUACUUUGUGGAGCACUGGGUGGAAACAUCUGGGAAACAGAAUGGGAGUGAAAUCUGUGGAGAGGGUUAUUCUCCCACCUCAAACUGUAUUUGUGGGAAAUCAGGAACCCCAUUCGUCAGGUUUCUCUCUUCCCCCAACUGCUGCUCUUUCUGAUCAAGAAACUCUGAUCUCAGAUAAUUAAUUAAUUUUGCUUCUAAAUUCGGGACACACAUGCUAUGCAUGUAGAAUAUCUCUGCUUAAAUCUCUGGCAACUCCAGACCCCUGUCUGGAACCCCUAAGUGCUUCUGCCCAUUAGAGUGGACAGGCCUGACUCCAGGUGAGGCAGCAAGGUGUGUUCCACAGUGUUGAUGUGCAACCUUGCUUUCCUAGCAUUUAACCUGAAUUGACACUCCAUUAUUUUUUUUAAAGUUUCAUUUACAUUUUUAAAAAUAACCCAUUUCUUAUCAAGUUCGCUGAGGAUAAGGCCAUGACUUUGUAAUCUUACCUGUGUGUAUUCUUUUCUCCAGGGCAACUCGCCUUUUCUGUGAUGUCUACAACCCACAAAGCAAGACCUACUGCAAACGCUUGCAGGUCUUGUGCCCAGAGCAUUCCCGUGACCCCAAGGUAGGAACAGAGUGCUCUUCCGGUGAGAUCCUAGUCCACUGUAGUUUAGGAACAGGCUAGGAUAGGCCAUCAUUCAGAUUUAGGAGGGGAAGGACUAUUUAUUAGGUGAAAUACAGUGUUGUGAGCUUUACCCAGGGCUUUGUGCUGUGGUGAUUCAGUAAGAGUGCAGAGAAAGCAUGGUAUGCAGCACUGAACAUGGAAUUGGCUAUCAUUACAAGGAAAGCAAGUUUCUAGCCCUUAGUUUCUAUCACGGAUACACUUGCAAGCUAAUGGGUGAUGCCUGCAGAAGUAUGGCAAGCCAGAGGCAUAACUGAACAAUGUUCUCAGAGAGAACUGUCCUUCAUGACAGCAGAACCGACUCCCUCGGAAGGCUGGAUGGUCAUCUGUCGUGUACAAUUUAGUUAUGAUUACUGCAUUGCAGGGGGUUGGACUAGAUGACCCUCAGGAUCCCUUCUAAUGCUAAAGUUUUGUGAUUCUUUGAUCCUAUGACUAGUAAAGCCCGAAUAAGUUAUGCAAAAUGAGAAAAUUAUGCAAUUUUUACAGGUUGUAGAACUGCACUUCUCUUGUGUUCCAUUUGGAUUAUCUUUGUGCAGAAUAUUUUUCAGUGAGACACACACCACGGCUAUGGCUUCAUCCUGCUCAAUCUCGACUGCAACUUUUCCCUAGGUGUCAGCAGAUGAGGUGUGUGGGUGUCCCAUGGUAAAAGACGUGUUUGAGCUCACGGGGGAAUUCUGCCGCGUGCCCAAGCGCAAAUGCAACCGCCACUACUGCUGGGAGAAACUGCGACGGGCGGAGGUGGACCUGGAGCGAGUGCGUGUGGUACGGAUUGGGAACUCGUGUUAGACCUUGGGCGGGUGGACAGCACAAAAGGACAAUGGCCUUGUCAUGCUGCCUGUGAAAUAGGCUUGUCAAUUUCAGGGAGGGUUGCAGCUAAUGGGAAUCCUUUGGACGAUGGGCUAGGUCUGAUUGCUUUCCUCUUGUUCCUUUGUGUCAGUGGUACAAGCUGGACGAGCUGUUUGAGCAGGAGCGGAACGUCCGCAUGGCUAUGACCAACCGCGCUGGGCUGCUCGCUCUCAUGCUGCACCAGACGAUCCAGCACGACCCCCUGACCACAGAUCUGCGCACAGCCACCAACCGCUGAGCUGGUGAGUUAGUGGCAUCAGUGUCAGUCCAGGAUGCUGAGUGCUCAUGCGGGGCAGGGACUGGAGGUAAUUUGGCUGAGGAGGACUCAAUUACAUGAGCUGACUAACCCCUGUCAACCUUUGGCAUUGGCCAUGAGCCCAGGAUUAAAAGCUUUUCUUGGCUACUGUGACCACAGGAAUGAUCAGGGAGGCUUUUUCUCCUUGGGUCUGAUCAACAACUUGAAUUGCUUGCAUGCGAAUUGGCCUGCACUUUCCUGCAAAAGGGCAGCAGCUGGAAUCUCUGGCUCGGUUAAGGGGAAGAUGGUAGGGUCCUGUGUUGUGUCUUUCCUUCCCUAAAGUCUGUCUGUCUUUUUCCUCUGCAGGUGUUUUCCUUCAUGACCAGACCUUCAUGA